CUCUCUGCUCUGGUAGGUCCACAAUGGUACAGCCAGCAUCUUGCAGCACAAUGGUUGCAAGGUGGUGAGCUGGGGGAGAGUGAUUCAGCAUCAGCGAACCUCGGUUCCAUCCACCUCUGCUUCUUCUUCUUUUAUUUUUCAUUUCUUUCUCAUCGCCCCCGCUGUUUAUUUUCGAGCCUUUCUCUCCUCCGUUAUCUCCGUGAACGUCUCCGUUAAGCCCUCAGCGAUGCUCUCCGCAACGUUUCCCGUCGGGAUGUUUUGAAAAGGACUGGCACCGGACUGGGAUCGUCAUCAGCUGGCACGGAAUGGUAUUUAUGAGCAGACAUUUCUUAUAUAACUGCAGCCAACCAGUCCUGGAUGUAAAGAUAGCCUUUUGUCAGGGUUUUGGAAAACAAGUGGAUGUGUCAUAUAUUGCCAAGCAUUACAACAUGAGCAAAAGCAAAGUGGACAACCAGUUCUACAGUGUGGAAGUGGGAGACUCUACCUUCACAGUUUUAAAGCGCUACCAGAAUUUAAAGCCCAUUGGCUCUGGAGCUCAGGGAAUCGUCUGUGCGGGCUAUGAUGCUGUCCUGGACAGAAAUGUAGCCAUCAAGAAGCUGAGCAGACCCUUCCAGAACCAGACCCACGCCAAGCGUGCAUAUCGGGAGUUGGUACUUAUGAAAUGCGUCAAUCACAAAAAUAUUAUCAGUUUAUUAAAUGUCUUCACGCCACAGAAAUCAUUAGAAGAAUUUCAAGACGUGUACCUAGUGAUGGAGCUGAUGGAUGCCAACUUGUGCCAGGUGAUUCAGAUGGAGCUCGACCAUGAGAGAAUGUCCUACCUGCUCUACCAGAUGCUGUGUGGCAUCAAACAUCUGCACUCAGCCGGCAUUAUUCACAGGGAUCUCAAACCAAGCAAUAUAGUGGUGAAGUCAGACUGCACUCUGAAGAUCCUGGACUUCGGUCUUGCCAGGACUGCAGGCACCAGUUUCAUGAUGACCCCCUAUGUGGUGACUAGAUACUACAGAGCUCCGGAGGUCAUCCUGGGAAUGGGAUACAAGGAGAAUGUGGAUAUUUGGUCGGUGGGGUGCAUUAUGGGAGAAAUGGUGCGCCACAAAAUCCUUUUCCCUGGCCGGGACUACAUUGAUCAGUGGAACAAAGUGAUCGAGCAGCUCGGCACGCCCUCGCCAGAGUUCAUGAAGAAGCUCCAACCCACGGUGCGGAACUACGUCGAGAACCGGCCGAAGUACGCGGGCCUCACUUUCCCCAAGCUCUUUCCUGACUGCCUUUUCCCUGCUGACUCUGAGCACAACAAACUCAAAGCUAGUCAAGCCAGAGACCUGCUGUCAAAGAUGCUGAUCAUCGACCCCGCUAAACGGAUAUCAGUGGACGAGGCCUUACAGCACCCCUACAUCAAUGUGUGGUACGAUCCAGCCGAGGUGGAGGCGGCCAGAGAUCUCAUUGAGAUGUCCAUGCCUCCACCUCAGAUCUACGACAAACAGCUGGAUGAAAGAGAACACUCCAUUGAUGAAUGGAAAGAACUAAUCUACAAAGAGGUGAUGAACUUUGAGGAGAGAACGAAGAAUGGCGUUGUGAAGGGACAGCCUUCACCUUCAGGUGCAGCCGUGAACAGCAGCGAGAGCCUCCCUCCCUCCUCCUCCAUCAAUGACAUCUCCUCCAUGUCCACCGACCAGACCCUGGCCUCAGACACUGACAGCAGCCUGGAGACCUCUGCAGGACCCUUGGGGUGUUGCAGGUGACUAGCCGCCUGCCUGCGUAACCCCAUGUUCUUCAGAAGGUGAAGAACCCAACAGAAAAGACCAAGUGAAAAUACAAGAAAAAAAAAACAGCAAAUGUUAAAAAAAAAAAAAGAAAAAAAU